AUGUUGGCCGAUAUUGUGGAGAUGGCGAAGAGACGGAUGCGCAGAGAAGCGGUGCUCGACGACGAAUUCGACAUUGAGUAAGGUCGGAUCACCACGCGUUUUUCCAUGCUUUUCAUCGCCAAACAUUUUUCGUGCAAAAAAAUCGCCUUAAAUCGCUCGAAACCAAGAAUGCGCCAGGGCACGAGAAACGCGCCAGGGCACGAGAAACGCGUCUUCUUCCAGAGUUCUGAACGUGGAAGGGUGCGGAGCGUCGUUCGAAGGAGUCGCCGCCGCCGCCGAACUCUAUCACGUCAACAAAGUCGACGCCUUCUUCGGACCCUACUGUACUAAAGGUACGCGUGGCCUAGCUUUUCCUCUUCCCCGCCGCCCUCAACUUCCAUUACGCAUUUGUUAGCAAUAAAAAGGCGGGAAAAAUGCAAUUAAAAGGGGAAAUUCCGUGAGAAAGAGCCAACAAGUUUCACUUUUAAUGUCAUUUCGACGAGCGGCAAAACGUGCACAUUCAUUAGAACGCAAAAACGGAAAAAAAACGGGAAGGAGUGACGUUUUUGUGAAUGUAUAAUAUCAACUUUGUUUGGUCGAUGAGUUCCUAGCACUUAUUUGCGAAUAUUAUGCAUCUUUUCGAGGUUUGUGUAUUAGAUGGAUAUAAUUUGAAGAGAAAUGGGAAAAUGAAAUGUUUUUUUCCAUUUUUCCACUCAAAAGUUCAACGUGAAGUUGAGCAUUUUUAAUUAACAUCCUUUUCUUCGAAAAUAAAGCCGCCGGAUUGCAUAGAAAAAUGCUCCAACUUUGAACGGGUACUGUAGCUUUAGGAGACGUGCUAUUGAGACCAAAACGUUUUUGAGUAAUCUUGGGGUCUAGUAGAGUAUUUUUGUAGUUGACACUUUUUCUCUAGAACCUCUCCCUCGAGUACUGUAGAUCUUGGAAGUUCGGACAAGUUUAGUGUACUAAAAUUGUAUCCUAACUUCCAGGGACUACGGUACUUUAGGCUGCGGGUGUAGGAGAAAUGUGUCAACUGUGAAAUUUUAGUACUUGCUAUAAACUUUACUUUUGUAGUUGAUCACUUCUUUCUAGAAUCACUCCCUGCGGUACUGUAGCGCUUAGAAGUUGGGCCUAGUUCAAGGCCGUUCAAAACUGCUCAAACUUCCAAGCGCUACAGUACCCCAAGGAUUGGUCCUAGAAAAAAGUGACCAACUACAAAAAUACACCACUAGACCCCAAGAUUUCUCAAAAAAAAAUUUGGGACCGAUACCUCGUUUCACAAAGCUACAGUAUCCGUUCAAAGUUGGUCCAUGUCCCUUGGUCCUCUAGAACAUCAUAAAAACGUUGUUUUUUGUCAAUUCCAAAUAAUCACACUUCCAGAGCUGUCCCCGGUGGCGACAAUGGCCUCGUACUGGAAUAUUCCGAUCCUCGCCUACACGGCCAUCUCCUCCGACUUCUCCGAUUCGCGAAUCUACAAGACGCUCGUCCGCACCUCCUUCCAGUCUCUCGAUUCGAUAUCCGACGCGACCGCCGCUUUCCUGGCGCACAAUAAUCUGACAAAAGCUGCAAUCGUCUCGAAUAUCGGACCGGAUUCGUUCGAAAAAGUGCAAAAUUUGGAGAGGGCACUGCGGGAGAAAGGGAUUACGGUAACUCGGAGGGUCAUGUUCGAGGAGGCCGCGAGUGCCGAGGAACUGCUCGAUAACGGGUACAUGGACGAGUUGAAGGACAAUAGUCGCGGUGAGUCACAGAUCAUUUCCACGAGUACUGUAGUCCUUGGAAGUUGGCACAACUUUUGAAUCGCCUGGAGUAGUCCCAACUUCAAAGAGCUACCGUACUCCAGAGAGUAGUCCUAGCAGAAAGUGAUCAACUACAAAAGUAAAGUUCACAACGUGAACUAUCUUUUCAUAGUUGACACUUUUUUUCUACAACCACUCUCUGGGGUACUGUAGCUCUUGGAAGUUAGGUCCACAAUUUCAAUGCACCAAACUUGUCCCAACUUCCAAGAGCUACCGUACCCCAGUGAGUGGUUCUAGAAAAAAGUGAUCAACUACAAAAAUACAGUACUAGACAAGAUGUAUUCACAAAACAAUUUUGAAACCAGUAGCACUUUCCCUAAAGCUACAGUACUCCUACAAAAUUGGUGAGCAUUUAUGAAGUGAGCAGGAGUUCUUUUGGAAAACAGCAAUUUAGCAAAGUGUUCAUUGAACUUCCCUUUCAAAAUCUGUUCUUACAGUAAUCCUGCCGGUGUUCUCUUCCACUCGAGACCUGUCUACCGUAUUCCGCAACGCUACCGUACUCUCGCAAAUGUCCUCCGCCGAUUUCGUCUACAUUCACCCCCUAAUGCUGACGAAAUCCGCCGGCGAGCCGCCCGUUUUCUACGGAAAAUCGUCGCAGACUAUUGUGAAAUCACAAUUUGCGAACACAAUUCAAAUCUACAACUCCUACGGAUUUUCCGACGAUUUAUUGGAUGAAUUUCUGAAGACUUUCGAGGGAAAACGCGUUUUUAUCGAGGAAAAGGACCUUUUCAACUAUGUGGCACUUUAUGAGAGCUUUUUGGUUUUCGCGAAGCUCUCGAAAAAGUAUCUGGGAAUGAAGGACGUGGAAACGGAUAAUAACGGACGGAAGAUCGAUGGAAAAGCGUUUUGGAACAUGGUCAGAGGGACCACUUUUGAAGGUGAGCGCUGAAAAAAGCUGUGCUCCAUAUAUUGUCGCUCUAUUUCUCAUUUUUUUGUUCUCCAUUCAAAGAAACUUUCAGGUGUUCGCGGCAACAUUUCGUUCGACAAUUCUGCUCAGAGAAUGAGCUCGUUUAGCGCGUUUUAUGUGGACUCUCGAAGGGAUCAGGUACGCAAUUGUUUAGAGCGAGAUUGUUACAAACAAAACGGUUCAGAUCCGAACAGUAGCUCUCAUAAACUCGACAAAAACCGAAAAAAAUUGCGGAGAAAUUGUUUGUGCCGAGCUGGUAAGUACCGUAUCUUUGAACGGGUACUGUAGCUUUAGGAGACGUGCUAUUAGGCCCAAAAUCGUUCUUUGAAAUCUUGGGGUCUAGUAGUGUAUUUUUGUAGUUGAUCACUUUUUUCUAGGACCACUCUCUAGGGGUACUGUAGUCCCUGGAAGUUGGGACAAGUUUAGUGCACUAAAAUUGUGUCCCAACUUCGAAGAGCUACAGUACUGCAGGGAGUGGUUUUAGGAAAAAAGUGUCCACUAUGAAACUUUAGUACUUUCUUUGAACUUCACUUUUGUAGUUGAUCACUUGUUUCUAGAAUCACUUCCUGGGGUACUGUAGCGCUUAGAAAUUGGGACGAGUUCAAGGCCGUUCAAAACUGCUCAAACUUCCAAGCGCUACAGUACCCCAAGGAUUGGUCCCAGAAAAAAGUGAUCAACUACAAAAACACACUACUAGACGCCAAGAUUUCUCAAAAAUUUUUUGAUCCUAAUAGCACGUCUCCUAAAGCUACAAUACUCGUUCAAAGUUGACCGGUUUUUUGACAGGUCGUAAGUGACGUCGUGACUAAAUACUGGUCAACUUCCACCGGAAAACUGCCCGAAUCGGAGCCCGAAUGUGGUUUCAAAGGCGAAAAUUGUGAUUACACGCAGACAAUCGUCCUCUCAACCGCUAUUGUCUGUCUGACAAUGUUGAUCAUUCUUGGCUUCUGGCUCAAACGCAUUUGGUUAGUAAUCGUUCAUUUGAAAAACAAUUUGUGAGUUUAAGUGAAACGAAGCAACUCGAAAAGAUGCCAUGGCGCAUUUUCCGUGGCGACGUGCAAAUUCUGGACGAGGAACAGGCGAAAUCCGUGAUCUCGAUAAACUCGAACACGACGAAGAUGUCACAAGUGGAGGCGAAACUCAUCAAAAAUCACGCGAUUGUCGGAGUCAACACUCACGCAGUCUACGAUAUUUACGAGCAGAGACAGGCGAUUCGGUUCCGCAGGGACGACCUGAUUCUGCUGACCAAGGUGCGCAACUUUUCAGACCACUCGCAAAAAACCGAAUUUAUCUGUGCUCUCAGUGAAGAUAUGAAAAAGUUGUCAACUGAAAAAAUGUUCAGUAUGACAUUUUGAACAUUUUAUUAGUUGACAACUUUUCGGUAUCUCUUGUGGCUACGGAGUUACAUGUAGUUUUGCAGAUGAAACAGGCGGUGCACGACAACAUCAACCCGUUCAUCGGAAUGUCGUUCAACGAAAAGAGCGAACUGCUCCUACUUUGGAAAUUCUGCUCCCGCGGCACCCUCCAGGACGUCAUCUACUGUGAGAAGUUCGAGUUGGACGAGAAGUUUCAGGGCGCAUUUGUGCGCGACAUAACGAUGGGACUCGAGUAUUUGCACUCGUCGCCCAUCGGCUAUCACGGCGGCCUCGCCAGUUGGACCGCGUUGAUCGACAAGAACUGGAUGAUCAAACUGACCGAUUACGCGGUUUGCGAUCCGCUCAAACGGUGGGAGAAGCACGGACGCAUCGAUUGUAAAGUGGACAACGAGUCGGAGCAAAAGUGGCAGAAAUCGGGUGAGCCAGUUUGGAAGAGCGGUGUGAGAAACGUGCAAAUAAAUUGUUGUCAGCAAGUCUAUACGUGCCUCCGGACAUCCGCACCGCCAACGAGACGAAUCGGACGCGUCGGAUGGACCAGCAAUGGCAGCAUCAGUCGCUUCUUCGCCGCCAACAGGCCGACAUCUACGCGUUCGGCGUCAUCAUCUACGAGAUUCUGUUCAGAAGUAUGCCCUACGACGAUCGGCUCGAUCUCACAGGUUCGUCUUCUCAUUUUGCACAACGACAAUAUCAUUGCAUUCACACGUUUUGAAGAGUUGGCGCAGAAAGCGGCCGAAGGCGAAAAGAUUCAGAAGCCGCAAAUUCAACGCAACAAAAAGUUGAAUCCCGAUAUGAUUGCACUGUUGCAGGUGAGUUAGGGGGGGCCUAGAAAUGCCCAAACUUUGAAGGGGUACUGUAGGCUUUUGCAGACGAACUAUUGACCCCAAAAUUUUUUUGUAAACAAACCUUGUCUAGUAGUGUAUUUUUGUAGUUGAAACUUUUUCUCUAGAACCUCUCCCCGGAGUACUGUAGCUCUUGGAAGUUGGGACAACAUAAGUACGCUUAAAUUGUGUCCUUACUUCCCAGAGCUACAGUACUCUAGGGAGUGCUUCUAGAAAAAAGUGAUCAACUACAAAAAUACUCUACUGGACCCCGAAAGUUCACAAAAAAAAGUUGGGACCAACAGGACAUCUCGCAAAGCUACAGUACCCGUUCAAAGUUGACCAACUUUUCAGGACUGCUGGAGUGAUCAACCCGACAUGCGACCGACGAUCCGGCGGGUCCGUUUGGCCACCGAAAUUGCGCUGAAAACGUAUCGGACCGCCCAAAAAACCUCCUAAAGUUCCAUUUCUUAUAGAAAAGGAAAUCUGGUGGACAGUAUGAUGCGAAUGAUGGAGGAAUACGCGAAUAAUCUGGAGAAGCUGGUCGGCGAGCGCACAAAAAUGGCCGAGGAGGCGAAUUUGAGGGCCGAGAGAUUGCUCUUCCAGCUUCUGCCAAAGUGAUAUUGUCGAGUUCUCAAAUAUUGUCAAUCUGAAAUGUGUUCCAGAGGCAUAGCGAUUGAGUUAAAGGCCGGAAGGACAGUGGAACCGAAGUUGUACCCGUCGGCCACCGUCAUGUUCAGCGAUAUUGCCGGAUUCACAAAGUUGUGCUCACAGUCCAGUCCAAUCGAGGUAACCGCGAAUGCGUCAAGGCACCAAAAGCACGUCAUUGCAGGUGGUGACGCUGCUGAACAAGUUGUACUCGGAGUUCGACACGGUCAUCAACAAGCACGACUCGUACAAAGUGGAGACGAUCGGCGACGCGUACAUGGUCGUCUCCGGCAUUCCGACGGAGAACGGCAAGCGCCACGUGGCCAACAUCUCCUCGGUCACUCUGGAUAUUGUGGAGCUGCUGAAGCGGUUCGAGGUGCCGCACCGGAGGGACUACCGGCUCACCAUCCGGCUCGGAUUCGCGACCGGAGCAGUUGCGGCCGGAGUCGUCGGACUCAACUCGCCCCGAUAUUGUCUGUUCGGAGAGACGGUACGGGCGUUUGGGAUCCUAGGCCACCAAUGAGAAAGUUAGGCCACCACAAUUGUUUGAUGCUCUAGACCAUCAACAUCGUUUAAAAGUCUAGGCUACCUGAUUUGAGCCUACUAAUUUCUGUUCCAGGUAAACAUCGCCUCAAUAAUGGAAUCCUCUGGGGAGGGCGGUCGAAUCCAAAUGUCCGAGUGCUCCAAAUCGUUGCUCUCCGCAGAGUACCCGGAAUUUGUGACCGAGAUUCGAGGCGUCAACAAAUCUGUGGUACUUUUUUCACCUUCCACCACCACUUUUCCAAUGCAAAACGACAAUUUGCAGAACAAAGACGACUUUUGCACGUUCUGGUUGAUCGGCAAAGACGAGGAAUACUUUCAGAAGAGAAACUUGUUGGAAUGA